AUGCAUCCGAUUCGAAAUAUUAAAGAAAAAAUUGGUUCAUGUGUUGAAGACAUAGCAGUAACAGCACCACAAAUAGUCAAAGAUGCUUCAAUAGCUGUUACCGAUCAAGUCAAGAAUUUCAAUGAGAAAGUUCUUGAACCUACAGAACAACAAUUAGCCGACGAACAUGGGUAUACACAUGGUGGUAAAAGAGAAAAAAUUGUUAAACAUUUAACUGGAAUAGGUAAGUAUGAAGCUGGUGCACACUUUAUUAAUAAACAUGUUGUGAAUCCAAUGCGUCGAAAUCAUGAUAAGGAUAAUCCACCAGAUUCCACAGCAACUUAG